CACCUGUGUGCCUUUGACGACAGAAAGCGUUUUCGUUUCGAAUAAGAGCAGUCUGCUUGCUCAUCUCCGCAAUCAUUUCUCCCAGCCUAUAAAAGACUAAGGAGAAUUUUAAGUUGUACCAGUAAUACAAAGUUUACCACAAUGCCAAAAGUCAAAAGAAGUAAAAAGCCGCCUCCAGAAGGCUGGGAGUUGAUUGAACCUACACUAGAAGAAUUGGAAGCAAAAAUGCGAGAAGCUGAAACGGAUCCCCAUGAAGGAAAACGAAAAGUUGAAGCAUUGUGGCCCAUCUUUAAAAUCCAUCACCAGCGUUCGCGUUACAUCUUUGAUCUCUUUUACAAACGAAAAGCUAUUUCACGAGAGUUAUACGACUAUUGCUUGAAAGAGCAUAUUGCUGAUCAGAGUCUAAUUGCAAAAUGGAAGAAGCAAGGGUAUGAGAACUUGUGCUGCCUCAGGUGCAUUCAAACCAGAGAUACAAAUUUUGGUACCAACUGCAUAUGUCGUGUGCCUAAAGCCAAAAUGGAAGAGGGCAAAAUUGUCGAGUGUGUUCAUUGUGGUUGCCGUGGCUGCUCAGGAUGAAGGAUGCGAACACAAAUAAUAUCCAUUUUUUAAUACUACGAUUAUGACAAAUUUAUUGUUUUUUGAUAAAAUGAACAGUGAAACGAC